AAGUGAAGUAAUGGUUAACAAGUGUUAAAUAGGAAACGUGUAGGAGGUAAAGUGGAAAUUAGUGAAUAGUAGAAAGUAGAUGGGUAGAAAGAGGCUGGAAGGGAGAAAUGAGGGAUCUAUGGCGGAGAGUUCAUCAUGUUCCAUGGUUCGUCUGAAUAUCGGAGGGAAGAAGUUUUGCACAACACUGGAUACCCUCACUCAACGUGAGCCGGACUCCAUGCUUGCUGCUAUGUUUAGUGGUCGUCACACUAUCUGCCACGACUCAGACAAGGGAUACGUAUUCGUUGAUAGGGACGGAAAACAUUUUCGUCAUAUCCUUAAUUGGUUGAGGGAUGGUGUAAUUCCACCCCUGAAAGAUUCUGAAUAUGCUCAGCUUCUGCGGGAGGCGGAGUACUAUCAGCUUCUUGGACUAGUAGAUGGAAUUAAAGCUGCCCUGAGUAAGAGGAAGGAGGAUGAGGAGUUGGGUACUGAAUUGACACGCAUUGACAUUAUCAAAUGCAUACAGUCUGACAGAGUCAGAUUUCGGGGAAUUAAUCUUUCUGGUCUUGAUCUUUCGAAGUUGGACUUGUCAUUUGUGGAUUUCAGCUAUGCAUGUCUGAAAACAGUGUUCUUCUCACGUGCCAAUCUUCAGUGUGCAAAAUUCAGGGAUGUUGAUGCUGAAGCUUCCAUUUUUCACAAUGCCACAUUACGCGAAUGUGAAUUCACUGGAGCAAAUCUUCGUGGAGCUGUAUUAGCUGGUGCUAAUCUUCAAAGUGCAAAUUUACAAGAUGCUUGUCUAAUAGGCUGUAGCUUUUGUGGGGCGGAUCUUCGUUCUGCUCACCUACAGACGGCGGAUCUUACCAAUGCCAACCUCGAAGGAGCUAAUCUUGAAGGAGCCAAUCUGAAGGGUGCAAAGUUAACCAAUGCAAAUCUGAAGGGUGCAAACCUUCAAAGAGCUUAUCUUCGGCAUGUGAAUCUUCGUGAUACACAUUUGGAGGGAGCAAAGCUUGAUGGUGCCAAUUUACUGGGUGCAAUCAGAUGACACCACGCAUUUGUUCUCACCCCAGACCUCUCCCAGAGUAAAGAGAACUACAUUAAUGAAUUGUAUAGAAUAGUAUCCGAGACUAGAGCAUGUAUUGACUGAUUAUUGUAGUUUUAUUUGGUGUUUCAAAUCUCAAUUUUAUCUAUAUGUAUGGGUAAACCCAAAUUGUUGUUUCAAACAAAGCAACCAUUCUGGCCUUGCAAAGUUCUUUAGAUUUUCAGAUGAUCA